UAAUCUCACUGAAUUUUAUUUCGAUUUCAUAGUACACUGUGUACAUGCAUUGCUGCGUUGCCCGAGGGCUUUAGAAAGCGAAUUACUUCACACUUUGAUUAUAAAACGGACGAAACUGGUUGCAUGGAAACCUAGCAUUAGCGAAGCCUUUAGAACUCAGUAGACGUAUCCCUGCAGGUUUAUUGUGUGCAAGUGGGGAGAUUAAUCUGUUCUUUUUACGUGUUUCCAUCAUUGUAAGAACAAAAUGGCCGAAGCAGCUGAACCUGGUAGUGGAUUUAACUCGAAAAGCGUUGCGUUGCGAGCGCAGAAGAAAAUCCUGGGCAAAAUGGCCUCGAAAAAUGUGGCGAAAGCUUUCGUGGAUGACACCACAGGCGAACUGCUUGAUCAGCUAUACAAGCUAGCGAAACUGGAGACAGGAAAUAAGAAAGAAGCUGAAAAACUCGUGAAAGACUUAGUCAAAAUUGUCGUCAAGAUCAGCAUACUGUUUCGAAAUGACCAACUGAACCGCGAGGAAAUUCAAAUAGCAGAGAAAUUUAGGAGAAACUUUCGAUCUGCAGCCAUGACUUUUAUUAGUUUCUACGAGGUGGAUUUCUCUUUCGAUAAGAAAUUUUUAACCAAGAACUUGGAGGACUGCCGAAGCCUGAUUCAUCAAAUUAUCGAUCGGCACCUUACAGCGAAAUCGCAUGGAAGGGUUGAUCACGUUUUUAACUACUAUGCAAAUGGUGAAAUGUUAGAGCGUGUGUUUCAAGCAAACCGCGAUGGACCUUACGGCACUAUCCUUAAAAACAUUGUAGACAAUCUUAAUAAGCUUAUGGAAGAGGGCAGUUUAUAGAAUACUGGGCUUUAUUGAGGUUUGCCUUGUAUGUAAUUGUGCAUUUGCUUUGUGACGACCCCUCUUGAUGCAGAAAUAACAAUCUUUCCGUUUGGCUUGAUAUAUCCUUUUCAAAGUAUGCAAGGCGUGUGUUUAACAUACACAGCCUUUAUUGUCAUGAUAUUUAUUUAACCUUUGCUUAUAUUAGGCCUGUAAGCGUUGAAAUUUUUGAGGAAGAGCCCAAAAUAUGAUUUGAAACCUGGAAAAUUUUGUCGCGACCGCAUAUGUUUCUAAUGUUUACUAGCACCAGCUGUCCGACCUUCCUGUUAAAAUUACAUGGAUUUCUACCAUUUUCGUGAAUUCGCAAGGCGGAGGUUGGUCGUCGAUGCAAUCGCUAUUUUUGGACAACUCGCUGAAGCCAAAGUUUCCCUUGCGAACUGUGAAAUGGUUUUAAGGGCUUCUCGGUCUUUUCUGAGUUACUCCUAGCUGAUUUAAUUAUUAAAAUUUUGAGACUUGUUAUAAUUAAAGCAAUCGUAGAUUUUCAGAUGUUCUUAGAGUUUCAUAUCAUCGUAACCAUUUGAAAAAAAUUCGCUCUUUAUGUACGAUUUAAUAUCUUAAACUUUAAUCUUUAUCAGUGGCCAAUCUCAUGAUUCUUUUAAAGGAGAUUAAAGCCGACAUUUCGUGCAAUUUAACUCUGCCAUUAACUCUACUUCCGUUACGAGAACCUUUGAGUUUUGAAUUAUUUCUUUUAUUUGAGAAACUAUUUCUGAGAUGAAAUCUUCAAACUGCAAGUGCUAUAGAAAGAUUUCUCGGAUUAAAAAAUAUCCUAAAGAAUUGUAUAGUAUAGUAGAGAAGUGAUUAAGUGACUAACUGUUUAGAUCGUGAAAAUUUGCUAUAUGUUUUAAGUCGAUUUUAGAUAAUGGUGACAUUCAAAAGAAUUAUUCCGAAAUCCUUUUGUUUUAUUUCCAAUCAAACAUACUGUUGAUUUUCAAAAGAAAGAAAAAAAAUUUUGUUUUUAAUUUUUUUCUCAACAAAUUAAAAUGUAGGUACAGUAUUAGAAACAAAUGACUUUAAAAAGGUUGAUUUUAGAUGUCUGUAAAAGGGUUAGGGAUAAUUUUAAUAUUUAAUGACUUUGGUUGUAAGUAAUGGUUGUUCCUAGAUUUUUAGUUAUGAGUUGAACAUGAUUAAAUUAAUUCUCCAGUGGAUUUUAUUUUGAGCUUAUGGGCUUUUUUGUUCUCUCUUAUCUCUGCUAAAUGUUCCUUGAAAUUAAUUUUAGAAUUCAAUUAGCCACCUUUAAUUCUAAAUGAUCUAAAAUUCUAACAGUUCAUUUUGGAAAAAAGACAUCUUGUCAUUGUAAUGACAAAAUUAGAGACAUUUGCACCAGGCAAUUUUCGGUUUAAUGAGAGGUGACAAGUCAUGGCUAAUUUUUAAACUGGUGCUGAUGUUCAGCUUUGAUUAUUUAUUUUGAUGAGUAUUCUUAACCUGGCACAUAAAACUAUUGUGCAUGUUCAUCUGCACGAGUAAUGGGAUGGGGUAAAACUCUUUCAAAUAAUGUACUGGUCAGUUAAAGUUGUAUAAUGUAACAAGGAGUGUAGAUUCAACAGGACUAUUGUAAUGUGGUUUUAGGUGUGCCUACAGUUAGGAUCAGAUCAGUAAAGAGCAUAAGAUAGAUGUUGCCAAUUCAUAAAUGGCUGUAGAUGCUCUUUUGAUAUCAUCUGAAGAUAGUGUUGAGGCGAUUUUCCACCGUUGUCUUAUAACUAUAUUUGGCAUCAAUUCUACCUGCACUAUGUACAUGAAAUCUUUUAACAGAGAUUGAAGUCCAUUGAGUGUCCAGGGGAAGUUUAUUGAAAUAUGAUCCUGUAAUUCUUUGAUCAAAACAGAGAAUAAGGCUGCACAUAUUUUACAAAAUGAAAAGAGAAUCCUUCUCAGCUGACAAAUAGAGACAGGUGAAAGAUACAGCCUGCAAAAUGAAAAAAGAAGUGCUAUUAGCAGGAUCUCAUUAAGGAAAUGUGUUGAUCUCAUUUGAAUCCCUUCUAAGUAGGUUUAAUCCUUUUAAUCAUAUCAACAUGGACUGCAUGUUGUCUAUAAAAAGUAUCUCAAAUAAUGUAUAAUAACUUUAUCAUACCAUUGACAGUAUAAUUGAGUGUUUUUAACAACUUGUUUCAGGCACAGUCUUUGACAUGACAGCACAUUGGAAUUUAGAGGAGCUUUCUA